CACAGUCUGAAAUCGCUUCGAGUGCAAUGCGGGCAGCUUUAAUUGUCGGUUGUGAGUUCGGGAGCUGAAAAAUUAGAAGGACACGUUUCAAGGAAACUGAUGAAAAACUAGUUGCCAAACCGGCCAGGUGCAAACUAAGUGCCCUAUAGUCAACACAUCUAGUGCUCAAUAAAAAACAAGUGCAAGAUCUCAUUGCGUCGUUAGCUGUAAGAUGGCGCUGACGGAAGUCCUUUUCCUGGUGGUCGCUGUCCUGGUGGCGGUGUACAUGUGGUUCCAGCGAAACCACAGCCAUUGGGAGCGCAAGGGGAUACCAUAUAUCCCGCCCACACCGAUAAUAGGAAACACAAAGGUGGUCUUCAAGCUGGAGAACUCCUUUGGCAUGCACCUCUCGGAGAUCUACAAUGACCCACGGGUCAAGGACGAGGCUGUAGUCGGAAUAUAUUGCCUUAACAAGCCUGGCUUGAUUAUUCGCGAUAUAGAGCUGGUCAAAUCGGUUCUGAUUAAGGACUUUAACCGGUUCCACAACCGUUACGCCCGCUGUGAUCCCCAUCGCGAUCCUUUGGGCUACAAUAAUCUGUUCUUCGUGAGGGAUGCCCAUUGGAAGGACAUCCGUACGAAGCUCACUCCAGUUUUCACCAGUGGAAAGGUUAAGCAGAUGUAUACCCUGAUGCAAGAGAUUGGCAAAGAUCUGGAAGACGCCCUGAAGAGACAUGGAGAGAAGUGCUCUGGCAAAUACAUUACCGAGAUCAAGGAGAUCUGCGCCCAGUUCUCCACGGACAGCAUUGCCACCAUCGCCUUCGGGAUCCGUGCGAAUAGCCUGCAGAACCCCAAUGCCGAGUUCCGGAACUACGGACGCAAGUUGUUCACCUUUACCAUAUCCCGAGCCAAGGACUUUUUCGUGGCCUUCUUUCUGCCCAAGCUGGUGUCACUGCUGCGCAUCCAGUUCUUCACUCCGGACUUUGCUCAGUUCAUGCGGACAACCAUUGGCCAUGUGAUGCAGGAAAGGGAGCGAACGGGCCUGCUGCGCAAUGAUCUGAUUGAUGUUUUGGUGGGUCUGCGCAAGGAGGCGGCGGCGGAGCCCUCGAAGCCGCACUAUGCCAAGAACCAGGACUUUCUAGUGGCUCAAGCGGGAGUAUUCUUCAAUGCCGGAUUCGAGACCUCCUCCUCGACCAUGUCCUUUGCUCUGUAUGAGUUGGCCAAGCAUCCGGAGAUGCAGCAACGUUUGCGGCAGGAGAUCAACGAAGCUCUGCUGGAGGGCGGUGGCACAUUGCCCUACGAGAAGAUCCAAUCCCUGGAGUACUUGGCCAUGGUGGUGGAUGAGGUGCUGCGCAUGUACCCGGUACUGCCGUUCCUGGACCGUGAGUACGAGAGUGUGAAGGGGGAGCCGGAUCUAAGUCUGAAGCCGUUCUACGACUAUUCCUAUGAGAACGGAACCCCUGUCUUUAUACCAGUCUAUGCCCUGCAACACGACCCAAAGUACUGGACAAAUCCCAGCCAGUUCGAUCCGGAGCGCUUCUCUCCCGAGAACCGCAAGUCCAUCGUGGCCAUGGCUUAUCAGCCCUUCGGAUCCGGACCCCACAACUGCAUCGGCAGUAGAAUUGGUCUUCUCCAAGCCAAACUAGGACUCGUCAGCCUGCUAAAGAAUCACUCGGUUAGGACUUGUGAGGCUACCAUGAAGAAGAUGAGUUUCGAUCCCAAGGGUUUUGUGCUGCAGGCCGAAGGUGGUAUUCACCUGGAGAUUGUAAACGAUCGUCUUUACGAGGAGAGUGCCGCUCUGGUCCAUUAGUUGAGGUAGAGAAGUAUAGUCAGUAGAAGUAGAUAGUGGAAAUGCUUGGCUGACGGGGUAAUCGCCUUUUGACAGCUGACACUUGCUUUUGAUAAAGUUGUAACACACAUUAUACAAUAAUACGCCCCAGAAGCGGCGCCGGUAUAUUGAAUAAAAACAACAUUAUUAUAAAAUAACCUCUAAUCUGUAAACCUGACAGCGAUCAAUAUGAGCCACCAAUAAAUAAAUGUGAGCUUGAGAAAAACUUGAAUGCAUAUGCAUUUAGAAAUAUAAUAAUAACAUAAAAAUCGAUGAAACUACAUAUAAACACAAUGAAAUCACAUAUCUAAGACCAGGGCCUAUGUUCGUAUAGCCAAUAGUACUUACUUAUUGUACACAUUUUGCCCGGGAAGAAAGCACGCAACUUGCCACUCAAAGUGACUGCCAACCAAUUAAUUAUUUAAAUAUAAAUAAGAUUAGUUGUUUUUUGAACUUUUGCCAAAUGUGGUGCUGUUAUUAAUAUGUAACUAAAAGAAACCCAAAUAAUUUA